UGGCGGCGACCAGCUGAGAUAGGACAUAUACGCAUGUGGUUAGAUACAGAGAUAAACUCGUCUAAGGAGGAUGUGACAGACGAACUUUUCAAAGUGAUGUGAAGACAGCUUGUCAUGCACUCAGUAGCGCUGUAUGGCAGGCUUCUAGCCCGAGCGAUCGCAACAGGAAUUCACAGUGAACUUCAGAUUCAGAGAGAAAGAGCCAGGGAACCUCUACAAUUGGUAACUGGAUCUUCAGGAUUUUCGAAGACAAUAACCAAAUCCCCAAACACUAGGAAAUGGGCAUUCGGGGAUGAUGCUUAUUUCAUUUCAAAGAACAAAGCAGUCGAUGUCAUAGGGGUAGCCGAUGGCGUUGGUGGGUGGCGAAGUUAUGGCAUUGACCCCUCAGCGUUCCCUCGCAUCCUCAUGGCGACAUGUGAACGUAUGGUCCAGGAGGGUUGCUUCCGUCCACAAGCCCGUCCACAGGCUCCGGCCACGGUCAUCGCUGCCAGCUACCAAGAACUCAUGGAACAGAAAGUACCGCUUAUAGGUAGUAGUACCGCCUGUCUGGUCGCACUCCAUCGAGAGGAGAGGACGAUAUACUCUGCCAACCUUGGGGACAGUGGCUUCCUUGUCAUCCGUGAAGGCGAGGUUGUGCAUCGGUCGCAGGAACAACAGCACUACUUCAACACGCCCUUCCAGCUCGCUGUUGCCCCACCCAACCAGCAAGGACUUGUACUCAGUGACAGCCCUGAGGUUGCAGAGAGUACGUCAUUCGGAGUUGAAGAAGGAGACAUAAUCUUGUUAGGAACAGAUGGUCUUUUCGACAACAUGCAGGAGGACAUGUUACUAGAGUAUAUCUCCAAGGUCAAGGAUCACAAGGAGGAGACGGUACAGACCACUGCCAGUAAUAUCGCAGAGAAGGCCUACCAGCUGUCCUUUGAUCCUGAGUACAUGUCACCGUUCGCUAUGUCAGCAAUGGAUGUUGGGAUAGAAUUCAGAGGUGGAAAACCCGACGAUAUCACAGUGAUAGUAGCAAGGGUGACAAGUCUUGGCGAAACCUAGCAGAGGGCUCCAUACACUGUCAGUUACGUCAGGAGUUUGUGUGGUGUGUGUUUGUAGUUGAGAGAUAGAGCAGAGUGAGCCAAUAGCAUUCCAUGUAACAAAUUAGGAUAUAGCAUGUGUAAUCUGAUUGGCUACUAUAGAUCUGACCAUGACCUUUUUGGGUCAUGACCUGUUUACCUUCAGUUUCCCAAGGUAGAGAUUCUGUGCCAAAAACAAAGCGAAAAUACCAAGCAAGUACAAGAUAGGCUUGACUAAUGUCUUGAGAAGUGAUGAAAUGUUUGAAAUAUGAUUCUUUUGAUUUCAUAUCACCAUAUUGGAGUAAAUGCACAAAUAAACAGCACAGCAGCAUUUUGUACUUAAGUGUAA